ACCAUUGUAACAAACUGUUCACAGAACAGGGACUCUGUUUUAUGCGUAGUGUGAGCGAUAUUUCGUUGAUCUCAAAAAGGAAUCCAUUUCAUCGCAACUGUUUAAACAGUGGACUCGUCCUUUAUUUGCUGAGCGGUUUAUUCUUAGAGCCUUAGUGCUUUAUUCCUCGAUGUCUCCAAUUUCUAUCAAGCCUUGGUCUAUUUCUUCCGUUGUACAAAAUUGCACCCUCUCUGAAAGUUUUCGGCCUCAGAUUUAUGGGCGUUUGUCCUCUCCUGCCUUCCCUCAAGGGCUCGUUUGCCAAACAACCGGGAAGAAGAAGACGAUGGACGGCUUGAAUCGCGCUCACGUGACAUGUGCCCUUCCCUGGAAAUUUCCUGUUCAGUUUCCUUCUUCAAAUGAACGCUCAGCUAUCCGCGAAUUUAGCCCUGUGCAAUUGCUGCGUGUAUAAGAGCGAUCAGAGUGUCCUACCGUAUAUCUGUCUACUGUCGGCCCUCGGAAGUGUAAUUUCCUCACCGCCAUACAUCACUCCUCCUGAAGUCAGACUUUAAAUUACGAGAAGAUGUCGAGAGCGGUUGUUCCCACUGCAACGAUUGGUGACCCCGUGGAGCUGUACAAGCUGGUGACGAAGGAUAUUCCGAAAGCCAGUUCAGGAAAUGUCGUUGUUCGACUGACCCUCCGCCCUGUGAACCCCACGGACUCGCUGGUCAUUCAGUGGGGCGUGUGGGCAGGUCACGACCUCGACAAGCUUGUUGUUGGUUCCGAGGGGACCGGAGUCGUCUAUGAGUUGGGAGAGGGAGUGACCAACUUCAAGAAAGGACAGAGGGUUAUUCCACUCAUUUUCGGACGAUACUAUCCCGAAGGAUAUGGUUUGUGGAGAGACUACGUGGAGAUCCCCGCCAAGGACUGUGUCGCCGUUCCUGAUGACAUCCCAGAUGAGUUCGCGGCUCAGUUCUUCAUCAACCCAUGGGCUUUGUACCAGAUGUUGAAGCUGCUCAACAUUCCCAAAGGAGAGUAUCUGAUUCAAGGAGCUGCGGCCUCAGUCCUGGGAAGGCAAGUGAUUACUUUGGCAAAGCACUGGGGUAUCAAAACUAUCAACAUCGUGCGGAGAGAUUCACACAUUCAGGAGUUGAAGGACAUCGGAGCCGACUACGUUCUAAACUCAGAGACAGAAGACAUUCCUGCCAAGGUGGAUGAAAUCACGGGAGGAAAGAAAGCUUAUGGAGCUUUGGAUCCGGUACUCGGUGACAUGACCAAGAUCUUGUUCGCGAGUGUACGGAAUGGCGGCCAAGUUCUUGCAUACGGUGCGUUGUCAGGAAACGAUGUGAAACUGGAUGUCAAGGAUUUGAUGAGGGGUGUGGACUUGAAAUUUUUCCUGGUGAACGAUCUCGGCCAUGACUUAGCCAAGAGAGAAGAGACUUCCAAGGAAAUUUUUGAGCUUAUGAGGCAGAAGGUGCUUGAGCCUCUCUCAGGAAAGAAGUUCCCCUUAGAGGAAUUCCAGGAGGCUAUGAUUGAAGGCAACAAGCCUGGUCGGGGCGGGAAGGUUUUCUUGGAAAGCUAUGAUCACUGAAUGCGUUAUGUUCCACUUACGAAUAGAUACAUGGGUAGAAGCUUGGUUUUGUUUAGUCAGUAAAAAUUCUGAAUCCAUUGGGUUUUGUUGAGAUGCACACGUGCAUAUUGUAUAGCAGAAAAAUCAGCUUCUUCUUGUUGAGGAGUAGGUAUGGUAGUUUUUACAUGACGGUGAAUAAUAUACUUAAAAGAGGCUCAUCGUGAGCAAAUGUCAUCAACUCUCUGCGCAAAAGUAUGAGAUAUAUUUGCGUACAUUUUACAUUUUGGUGUUUGUUCAAAAAGUAACCAACGGA